AAUGAAAAGGAGGGGAAAAGAGUUCCUAUCAUCCUCGCAAAAGAGAAUAUAGUCAAACUCAUAAAUUGAUCAGUUUAGUCUAAUAGUCUACUAGUCAAAAGGAAAAAUACUUUAAAUACUUGAAAAGAAGAGGAAAACUAAUCGUAAAAGAUUCGACCGUUUUAACCAAAAUCCAAGCCAAACACACUUGAUCACACCCCACUAUAUAUAGCACACAUACUCCCCACUCAUAUACAUUAUAAACAAAGGAGAUCAAAAAACACCGGCGAUGUCUUCCACGGCGAGAAAUAUAUCUGGCGGUGGGAAUCGGAAGUCGAGUAGGCUGCAGAGGCGGGCUCCACCACCUCUAAAGAUAAACCCGUCCGAAGCGAAUUGGAAAGUGCCCAUUCCCCUUCUAUCACCUACGGAGUCACCGCCACCGAAGCCACCCAUGGUGACGAAGAGGGAUGAGCAACGGUGGGGAAAAGAGGUGGAGAAGCCUCCAAUUUUCAAGAAGUGGCAGCACCCGGCCGCUCCGUUUUACUACCAGCCAGCGCCGUCGUCGAAUAAGCCGUUUGCAUGGCCAAAUUAACCGUCUCUUAAUUAAUACUAGGGCUACCACAUACAUGCAUAUCUAUAUAUACUUUAUAUGUCGAUCCUAUGGGUUUUAUAAACAUAUAUAUAUUUUAUACGUUAUGUACGUAGCAAUAUAUAUUGAGUUUUAUCUUUAUGCAAGAUGUAUGUUGGGGUUGACGUUGUUUCUUCGUAUAUAGUAUUGAACUCAUGAAAAUAUCCAAGAUGAAAUUAUGGGAAAAAACAUAAUAUAUAAUACAAGAUUUUGUGAUGA